CGUCAUACAUCACAGCCAAAUGUCAACAAAUAUGUUGGUCUGUGAUUUUUUCAGUAAAAGUGUUCUUUGCUGAAAAGAUAGAUUUCAUUUAAAGGGUAGAGAUAAUAGAUUCAUACCUAUUUCUGGAUAAACAAAGCUUGAAUGGCAUGGCUCUGGUAGCUGAUGAUACUCUUGCAUUCGGUGAGGAAGACUCCCAGAUUGGUCAAAAUGGUAUAUUAACGCACCCAUAUGUGACCCUUUUUCAUGUGGCCUUCAAAGUUGCAGCAAUAGUCUCAUACAUGCUCUGUGGAUGGUUUAGCAACAGUUUUAUCACCAGUUUUGUGGUUAUUGUCAUUCUCCUUUCCAUGGACUUUUGGACAGUGAAAAACAUCACAGGUAGACUUAUGGUUGGACUCCGGUGGUGGAACUAUGUAGAUGAUGAGGGAAAGAGCCAUUGGGUAUAUGAGUCAAAACAGGGAGGUAAAAUCAAUGAAAGGGAGUCUAGAAUAUUUUGGACUGCUCUAAUAAUUAGCCCUUUACUGUGGAGUCUUUUCUUCCUGGUUUCCCUAUUUAGUUUUAAUAUUAAAUGGACUCUAUUGGUUUUGAUUGCUUUGACGUUAAACGGGGCCAAUUUACAUGGGUAUUUACGCUGUAGAAUGGGAAACAAUCAAGGAUUUGGAUCUAUGACAUCAGAUUUUUUCAGAAAACAAGUAAUGCAAAAUGCUAUAAAUAUUGUCACAAGGCAGGCAACAAGUCCUACAACGAAUACAGGGAAUCAGCCUAAUACAACGCAGGGUGUAUAAUUAAUAUGUCCCAAACACACUUUGUCCACUAGGUAAAUGAUCUUUCUUCUUGUUUUUCUUUUUUUCUUUUGAGGCACUUAUAUUAUGCUUAAGCCACAGUAGGUUAGUGGUGUGAUUCAGUGAACUGUAAAAUGAACAUGUUUUAGUAUUUACAUUGAAAUAUGUACUUUUUAUUCAUAAAACUUGGAACUGAAUUUUUUUAUUUUACAUAUCUUAUAAUAAUAUUGUUAUGAAACAAGACUAUCUUGAUUUGAACAUUUACAUAAUUUUACACAACAUUUAAUUUAUAAUUAGUGCAUAAUAUUGUUUUUGUUAUUUGGUUUUCUUACUUUAUGGGAUUGUAAAUAUUUAAUUGUGAUAUAAUUUAUUAAAGGCUGUUCCUAAAAAAAUC